UGGGUGGGCUUAAACCCUAAACCCCAACGAAGAUCAAUCUCCUCUUCGUCUUCCCCUCGAUUCAAAUUCAUCACAUCAAUGGCGCGAGUGAUUCGACCAUUGAGAAGAUGCCUUCAGUUUUCCUCUUCUUCUUCUCACAAGGCUCUCAUGUCGCAGGCGCACCGACUAAAUCCCAUUCCAUUUCCUCCUGAAAACCCCUGCGUUCUCUUCAAGACACUGCGCCAUUACAUAUCCGAGAUGCGUAGAUCUGCGUUUGAAGGCAGCAUUCUCAGACUUCUCCGUAACGAAAUCCGAUAUGAACUCGAACGGCAUCCUCCCGAUCAGCCUGUUACAAAAUUUGGCGCCUUUACAAUUGAUGAAAGGCCAGGCGAGCAGUGGAUCAGAUUGGAAAGAGAGUAUGGGGAGAAUGAGAAUAUAAAGAUUGAAGUGACCAUGUUUGAUCACGCUAGGACGCCUCCUGGGGAAGAUGUGCUUCUUCACAUUACCAUUAUUGUGAAUAUAACCAAAAGAGAUAGCAGUGAAGUUUUGGAGAUUAUGUGUUCAGCUUGGCCAAAUGAUCUAGAGAUUGACAGGCUUUUGACACGCCGAGGUGAAAAGAUGCCAGCUCAACCCUAUGCUGGACCAGAAUUCAAGGAAUUGGAUGAUGACUUGCAAAACUCACUCUAUGACUAUCUUGAAGCAAGGGGGGUGGACGAUCAGCUAGCUGUUUUCUUGCAUAAAUAUAUGAAGAACAAGGAUAAAACCGAAUUCAUUAGGUGGAUGGAAACCGUAAAAGCAUUCAUUGAAGUUAAUUGAAAUUGAUUCUGCAGUAUUUUCAGAUGAGAAAUAGUUGUUUGCUGUUGGCGCUACCGAUAUCUAUUUCUGGUAUGUAAUAUUGACCCUUUUGUAUUAGACUAUCCAAUAUAUGAAGUAUUUUAUACAAAAUUAAAGAGGAUGAUUGUCUUCAUAACAAGAUUCCAGCUUCUGUUCCUGUCUACUCUCCGAGAAUACAUUAUUAUGUGACUUGUAUCUUCAAGGUCUGAACUUUCCUAGUGGAUUAAUCGACUGUAAAGUAUAAAAGAUAUGAAAUCAAGAAAAUGGCUUGUCAACAA